GACUCGGCUAAUAUUUUUAGCGCGAAAACCGGUGUCAAUUUGGAGAAUCCAUCAACCGUAAAGGAAUUUGAAGACAACGACCAACCGACAAACCACGACACCGCCCUCAUUAAAUAACGAAGGACACGAUGUCGACCUUCGAGCCAGUCAUCACGAUCGAUGCCAAGGGUCACCUUCUUGGUCGACUUGCAAGCACUGUUGCAAAGCAGUUGCUCAACGGCCAGAAGAUCGUCGUUGUACGAUGUGAGGCCUUGAACAUCUCUGGAGAGUUCUUCCGUGCGAAGCUCAAGUACCACGCCUACCUCCGAAAGAUGACCAGAUACAACCCAACCCGUGGAGGUCCUUUCCAUUUCCGUGCCCCAUCCAGAAUCUUCUACAAGACCGUCCGUGGUAUGAUUCCUCACAAGACCGCCCGUGGUGCCGCCGCCAUGGAGAGACUUAAGGUUUUCGAGGGUGUCCCACAACCAUACGACAAAGUCAAGCGCGUUGUCGUUCCCCAAGCUUUGAGAGUGUUGAGAUUGAAGCCUGGACGCAAAUACUGCACUGUCGGUAGAUUGAGCCACGAGGUCGGAUGGAAAUACCAAGAUGUUGUCGCUAGACUUGAGGAGAGAAGAAAGGUUAAGAGCGCAGCAUACUACGAGCGCAAGAAGGCAGCACGCAAGCAGCUUUCAGAAGCCCAGAAGUCUGCUAAGAUCGACGAUAAGACCAAGACUGAGUUGGCUGCUCUCGGCUAUUAAAUAUCCUGGACCUUAUUUGAUGUGAUUUUGCGCUGCUGGGUGGAUGGAUUGGGUUGUUUAACGGUUUCUUCUUUUCAACAAUAACAACGUCAAUGCUUUGUUCUACCAUUCAUUGGAAGAUCUCAAGGCCUGGUAUUCAUUUACCAUUUACACAAUAUUGGGAAAUGCUGUAAUGGCAAAAGGAGUCUGAUGCAGCAAGGAACUCUGAUGUGUAAUGCUUCGGCUUGCAUGCAGUUCAUAGCAAAAUGAAAAGCCCAAGGCAUGAAUCAAGAAUGAAUACAUUGCGUUUGGUCUUGUGGAAAUGGAAGUGGAAUUGUGAAAAAUAAUAUUGAAAUCCAUUUUAGUUACAGUUUAUGAAUGAGCAUCGGUUUGGUACAAGUUACUUUAAAUUCUUUGUGAAUUCAAAGAGCAGUUUUGUUGGAGAGAGUACGGUGGAUCUUAUGAAACUUGAGCUUAUAAGAUCAUCAUGAUAUGAUGUAAUUUGUUGGCUACCUUUAACAGCUCAACUGAUAUACCCAUAGGUAGAACCAAAGAUUUCUAGAUUCCCAAACUUUCAAGGAUCUGAUCGUCCACCAUUAUUAUUUUGUUGAAGUGCUUUGCAUUUACCCCUUAUCACCACCUCCCAACUUCCCAUUUUGCAUUCUCAUGUUCUGUUGAAGCACCUUUCGGUUAUUGUAAACCCUCCUUUCCGUCUUCACGGAUUACCCAGGUAGGAAUAUAUGAUUACGAUGCACAUGAUUAUGAUGUUCAAUUGGGAUCUUCAUGGAAUUCUUCGUAAAUCAAGCAAGACAGAUGCA